UGUCUUCUUCUUGCUUAUUCUUAACCCAAUCUGGCGUCCGUAUCUGUGGAGUCGGUUUGUUUUUUCCUGCAUGUGCUGGUUGGUAUGGGAGAGUAGUGCAAGAUCCUCGAGGGUGGACCCCCCCCUUAUGCCUGUUGAUGUAUCCUCUGUUGUUUUCCUCAUGACCCUGUCAAUGGCCAGGUUGAACAGAAUUGCUGACAUGUUGCAUCCUUUUCUAACUCCUGUCUUUACCUCGAAAGCAGUGGUACUGUUUCCAACAACGCACUUUAAGUUUUGGUAGAAGCUCUUGAUGACCUCCACAAUCUUGCAAGGGAUUCCAUAAGAUCGUAGAAUGUACCAAAUACUUUCUCUAUGCACACUGUCGAAAACUUUUUCAAAAUGAACGAAAUUGACAUAAAGUUAUCUUUGCCAUUCCGUGCACUGUUCUAUUAUGUUGCGGAGGGCAAAUAUCUGAUCUGUGCAUCUUCUUUCUUGCGGAAUCCUGCCUGUUCUUUUCUUAAGCAACUGUCCACAUCCAAUUAAUAAUAAUCUUGGCCAGGAUCUUGCUGGGAACUGAUAGCAACGUGAUAUAAUAUACUGUUUGAGAUUUUUCCAAUUUUGAUAAUGACGAUGAUGUUGAUGACGAUGAAUACUGAUGAUGACGGUGAUGCCUUUAAGUAUAAUUACAUUAAAUAGGUUAUGUUUUGCGAAAAAGAAUGGCGAUACAGCUGCAUUCCGAAUUACACUUCUUGCAAGGGAACUCACUCUGAUUGCCCUUAAGUCUCCCGUUGCCAUGAAAUCAGGCGCUCGAGAAAAAUUUGGUGAACUCGAAGAAAGCGAUCUUUCCGAUUGUUGGGCACUUUUUAUCAAUUUUUUUGGGGGGUUAACAACUUUUGUCUUUAUUGUUAACAUAGUUUUUUGUGGUAGACUUUUACCAAAAAAUGUUGAUCAAAGUUAAGGUACAACAAAGUAACUUUUCAGUUUCUAAGGACACCCACACUUUGUAAGUCAACAAACUUUGAAUUGAUGAAAGUUCCAUAGCCUAGAGGCCUAGCGAGCCUUAUUGAAUUCUACUUCUGUCACUGCACCAGAUCACCCCUAACUCCUUCAACUGUAAAUAAUGCGACAACUUAUCUUGACGAAUGGAUUCUUUUACACCUAAACCCAAACAAGCAAAAGUUAUCAAACUUCCAAAAUACAAAUGAAUAAUCCUUGCUUGUCCUUGCUCCUUUUGCCUUUAAAUUGACCAGCACCUGAAAACGUUGCGUCGUGAAUUCGUUCGUUAAUGGAUAAUUUUACAAAAUGGCGGCGUUAAAUUCAAAACAAAGUACGACCAGCUCCGUGAAUAGGAGAAAAGAGGCGAAAGCCGGUGUGAAAAGAGCCGUUUUAAUAAUCAUAUUGUCAACAGUUCUGGCCCUGAGUACAUAUGUCUGCUACAAAUAUGCAUCUGUCAUGGAGGAUUGUAACAAGUUACUGACUGAAGUCCCAGAAACUAGACAAGCCGACAGCUUGUUCUUCCAGUUUUGGUCUUGGCUUUUCUUGUGGUCAGGACUGGAGAGAGAGGAACAACUUGAAGAUGACAUUCAAACUGACAGAUUGCUGUGCCAAGCCAGUUUUUGUGAAGCCCUAAUCUCUAUUUUGACUGUGAAUUUGACUGCUGAUAUUUCUGAUCUUUUUACUGUUUCGGUUACUGAGCUGGGAGGCAUAUUGUUAUUGUAUAGAUUAAGCUCUUUUUUAACUGUUUCAACAGUUCUGAAUUGCCUUUUAGUACUAGCAGUAAGUUUGAUUCUGCACCUGUGUUUUAGGAUUUUAGUUACGUUUAGUGCCAAAAGACAGUCUGUAGUGAAUGCACUGGACAAAGAAAUGUUUGAUUUAACACUUGAUGUGUGUAAAGAAGAUCAAUUUCAGUAUAGUUCAAUUCGUCCCACUACAUCCCGUUUUGUGGGUGAGGUAACACCUGAUUGCUGUUCAAGACUUCAUCGGACGAAAGAUCAGCAGUCAAGGCCAAGAGUCCUGAUGCCUGGAUUUUUUCAAUGGCUGUCAGGCAUGUUGAUUGCAGCCAUUACUGUGAGCAUCCCAUGGGAGUUUGUUCGUCUCUAUCAGGCAGCGGUGGCUCGGAGAGAGGCUGAACUUAUUCAGGGUACCCCUCCAGAGUGCAGUCCAGAGAGUCAGACAUUCUUCAUGAGUGUCAAGUCGCUGAUGAGGUCCUAUUUUUCCUGGACUCAUGGCUCCGAUCCUUGCUACGACUACCAUUAUGCUCUGCUCGUAGACCCAGUGUGGGAGGUGUCGCCCCUCAUGGUUCUCUCCACUCUCCUGACAAGGUGUCUCCUGCUCCCGACUGAACUCAUCUCCUCUAGCCUGGGGCGCAGUCUGCGAGCCUUCUUCACAGAAAUCCCUGCCCAGUGGCAACUGCUUGUAAUGCUGAUUGCUGUCGUCGGUGUGCUGAUUCUACUGCUGAUGCUGUUCAGGUACCGUCUCAGCAUCCCAAUGUUGCUGAGAAUCGAGCCGCGGACUCCGGUGCGAGAUACUACGAGUGAUGGACUUGCAAAGUCUCAGUAUGAUUCUCUUACUCCGAAAGGACGUAGCUUUGAGUCUGACAGGAAUGCAAAAGCGAAGAAACUGUCACAAAAACGAUACCGUGAGGAAAUUUCUUCUGAGAUUGGUUUCACUAGCUUUGAGGACAGGGACUUACAGCAGGAAUCUCAAUAUGUUCCACGUUACAAGAGUCUACUUGGUGUAAGAGAUGGCAACUUGAUAAAUUCAAAUUCGCUACAAAAUGUCAAUAAUUUUUCAAAAACAUACCGAAAGUCUCAUCAGCACAUCGAAAGUAAAAAUAAAAACUUAGCUCCAGCAGAACGAUAUUCUGUUGCUGAGAAACCAACCUACUUGAAGAAAAAUAAAGAACCUCGGCAAAAAGGACAGACCAGAAUAUCCUCUCGAGAUUCUCUGAGUACUCAAAAUACUAAAGAACAGAGUUUGAAGAAAAAGAAGACUUGUUCGCGUGCUGAUAGUGACUGGGUUCCAACACGGAAUGACUUUCACAAUUGUUCUGAUUUAGAGUGAUGGGAGUGUUUGGCUUUUGGGAUCUGAAUAAAUUUUGGUUCUAACAGGAAUAACAUUUUCUCUGUGCAUUGUGCUCUGAUGAGAUCCUCACUUUUGAGACGAUCUAUUCUGUAUGUAGUGGAGUGGUGCUAAAUUCCUGAUGAUCCUGUUUUGGAUCCACAGCACAAUAGAGCAUUUUUGAAAUUGCAUGGUAUGGGGAAGUUUUCAAGGCUUUCCACCUACUCAGCUUGGUUCUGUCGUGGAUGAAUGUUAAAUUCAGAGGUCUUGUCUCUAGAAUAACCUUACAAUUUUGAAAGAGGACUUGAACUCAUGCCAUCAUCAUCAUCAUCACGGCCUUUGUUACUCGGCAUCAGGGUGUAGGCCAUGAACAAACACAGUCCACCUUAAUCUAUCCUGGGAUAGGCUCUUGAUAUUAUUUCAUGUCUUCCCACUUUUCUCUGUGACUCUUCUCCAGGUUUCAAGUGGCUGUCCCCUUGAUCUUUUACCCUGUGGAACUCGUGUCAUGCCAUUACCAUACCAAAAUUGGUAGGGUGUCAAAAUUUUAAAGAACCAAAUUGACCCAUUUUGAUGCUGUGAAUUGUUGUAUUAUUGAAAGUGUUGAUGGAGUGCAUUAGUAGAGUAUUGUUAUAUGUGAAUUGUUAUUAUUCCUGUUGAGAUGUAGAUGAGGACGUGUUUUUUUUCUUCCGUAUAAUUGUUGUUUUGUUUUGGAAUACUUUCUAAAAACUGUUUAUUUCUUUGUUGAUG